GUAAAGUAAUGAUAGCCAGGGACCGGGUACCGUACCAACCCACUAUUCUGUGCUUGUUGUCCCAAACUUCCUGUACUGUGACCCCCCCAAAAACUUUUGUGACAAUAAUCGAAUAACUGUGUAACAUACAAUCGCCGCUUGUCAUGAGUGUCUUGGAGGACCUUGGUAGCGAACAUUAAACCCAAGUUGAAGAUCCUUUUGCCGCCGUGUUACAACAACUGAUAGUGAUAUGUUGUCUUAUUGUUAAGCGACGCCUUAAGGCUAAUCUAUGCAAGCAGGACUAUGCAGCAGCGCCUGAGCUGUCCUCAAGGUGGAUGUUCCUACUGUAGGGUGGUGCCUUCCUCGCCUCUGCUGCCACUUCGCGUGUAUGGCCCACUCACUCCCAACCAUCCCUUCCCUAAGGUAUUGGUGCUGAUGUGUGCGGGAGCUGGUGACGGUGUACCUGUGUCCCGUUGUUUGCAGGCUCCACCACCCAGUAAGGUUGGAGUGUGAUGGCCGGGCCGGGGUCAAGUGAGAGCGUGUUGGCCGUGGUGCUGCUACUGGCGCGCGUCGCGGGCAACUUCUUCCUCCACACCUUCACGCUGCUCACUAUCACUACGUCUGCCUCCUCCUCCAGAAGGGGCGACAACACUGGCCAAACCACCGAUCUUCUCAACCCAUCGACUGUGAUACCCAACAUUCCCAACCCUACCGCCACUUGCCUCUCUUCCCCUACCCUCCGAGAACCACGUGUCAACCAUAAUAAAAGAUAUGAUUGUAUCAGUAGAUCUUCUAAAAAGUUUUUAAUACAAACUUACAACUUAAUAAAUAAUUGUAAAUUGAAGGGAUCUCUGAUAGUGAACUAAUAAUAAACAGGUGUAAAAGGUUGCCGCAGCACUACUAGAGCUUAGCGUUGUUCAUUUGUUGUAAAGAAUAUAUGUGAGCAUGUCAUCGGGAGCAGUGAUGUGUGGGUGGAAGGUGGUGGGCGGGCAAACAAUGGGCGGUGGUGGGGACUGUGAGGGUGGAGCAGGAGACCAGGAUGGAGAACCAUCAUCUUCCCCCCACGAUGACCUGCCACCACUUUCUCACCACCCUGUCGCCGCCGCCGCCACGCGUGACCACGUAGUACAAGAUAAGGGUGAGGAGACGGACCCCUUACUCUCCAACUCUGUGAGUGAUGCCCCCUGUGAGACCUUUAGUCAAGAUAAUUUAACACCUAAUGGUCAAACUAAAAGUGAUUGUCAUAUAAGGAUAUUCUCCCCGAGUGAGUGUAGUGGUGAGCGUGCGUCGGAAUGUGGUAGGCGGACAUGUGGGGAUGACCACACACAUACGGUCAACACUUGUAAUCAAGGCAGUGUUUCAUCUCGAGAAAACAACAUCUGUAAUGCUGACUUGAACAGUCCUGAUGACCAAGUUGACAUGAGUGUUGAGCAAAAGAGUUUUGUGGAUAUUAGCACACAGACGGGGCUGCUAGGUGAUGGAUGUACUCGUGUAAACGUUGGCGGUGACCACAAGAGUUACGAAGUGGAAAAUGGUUCAGGAAGUGGUUGUGAAUGCCACAUCCAUAAAAAAUUUUGCCCUCACGGACAAAGCGAGGGAAAGAGUGAUAUUCGAAAUGUGAACGACAAUAUGUGUAAUAACAGAGAAGCACAAAUGGAGCAAGACGCUAACAGACUGAACGUAGAUAGAACUGUUACAUCUAAAUUAUUGUUAGCAGAUAAAAAGCAGAAGUCUUGUAACUCUGACUACUCUUCACUGUCUUCCUGUGACUCUAGUAGAGGAAGUGACUCCAGCACAAGGAGUGACUCUGGUAACAGUCCAGGCAGCAGUAGCAGCAGCAGCAGCAGCACUAAUGACCGUGUCAAUAAAAAUACGGGAACCAGCAACAAGAAGGUGUCAAUGUGUGGCGACCUCAGUCCUAUUGCGUCAUGUGGUGGGGAGUCCACUACCAACACUGGCCUCACUGUUAAUGUGAGCUUGACCCCCGACUCUACCAUCAAGGAUAUAGGAGGACGUAGCCCUUGUACACCAACUAGUGGCUGCCUCAAGGACGGGACACGGGCCCCAACUGGUGCUCAUGUUCAGUUCGACACUCCUUAUGACGACGAGGACACCAGUGUCCUGCGUGACACUCUAGUGACUCAAGAUGGUCAGGUAACAAUACACAAGCCCCAUGGUGGCAGCACCACUCCAACUCAAGGAGAUCAGACAACACGUUUAUGGUCAAAAUUUAUUCCGGAGUCGUCUCCAUCCGAAGUUACAUCUAACAUGUCGGCCUCCAAAAAACUACGUCGAAGACAGAUAUCAGGCUCCAGUAGCAUCAGUCUCGGUUCAAGUUCCAGUGACUCCAGCAACUCCCAUGGGACUGAACUUGAGCGUCGGGCUCCUGAUGGAGGCUGGGGGUGGGUGAUAGUGGCAGCGUCCUUUAUGGUUCACUGCAUUGCUGAUGGCGUCACCAUGUCUUUCGGCGUGCUCUUUGUUGAACUCCUCAGCUACUUCCAAGAAGGCAAGUCUUUGACAUCUUGGGUUGGCAGCUUAUUCAUGGCAAUACCAUUGUUAGCUGGACCUCUUGCCUCUCUCCUAACUGACCGCUAUGGUUGUCAGACUGUAACAAUCUGUGGUGCUGUAGUUGCCUCCUUUGGAUUCUUUGUCAGUGCCUUUGUAAAUACUAUUCCACUGCUGUUACUGACUGUGGGUGUUAUCACUGGUCUUGGCCUGGCAGUGUGUUAUGUUGCUGCUAUAGUCAUAGUUGCAUUCUAUUUUGAGAAGAAGCGGUCAUUAGCUACGGGGAUUGCUGUGGCUGGCAGUGGCAUUGGUACAUUCUUAUUUGCACCCUUAAUCCAAUAUUUAGUUGACUACUGGGGUUGGCGACUGUGUUUCAUAAUACUGGCAGGUUUAUUUUUGAAUAUGGUGGUGUGUGGUGCCCUGAUGCGUGACUUAGAGUGGACUCCAAGAGACUCCUCCAGCCUUCGAGAUGCUAACACAACAACAGUCAGCAGUCACCGUGGCUCCACCUCUCAGUCAUCAGAGACGGUGGGUGGUCGUGGUGGUAGUGUAGCCACGGGGCUGCCAUCACUGGAAGAGCUGAGACGGUUAGUGCAGUCUGGAGAUGUAGCGGCAUUGCUGUCUCCGGACGACACCCCCAGCGGGACUCUGCGUGGGUCAGCAUCGCUGGUGCUUCUGCCUACCUUCCUUAGCCGCUCCCAGGCUCUCCCCCCUGAUGUCAUUCCCUGUCUGUCAUCACGUACCAAUGCGUAUGAAGUGGUCUCGCAGAUGUAUCCCCACCUGCUGUCUCACUCACUCUCUGGACACGUAAACCAAGUUGACCAAAUUCACACUCCAUUAGAUAAGAAGCAACAUUCAAAAUCUCAAAUGGAGAAAAUGUUGACUUAUGCAUCGACACCAUUCUCCAGUAUUGGAUCAUCAGCAGGUCUGAGCCCAGACAAGCCCGACCCAAUAAUUGCUCAACACCUAACCAAAGGUGGGCAGCCUUGCUCUGACACAGACUCCACCACGCCAGGGUCCGUGGGAGGAGAUACUUCUCUACAGAAUGGAAACCGGAAAAGACUGGACAUAAAGCUUGGGUUUUCUACUGAGGAUGAUGAUGGUGAUGAUGCAGAUAAUGAGGAAGAAAAUGAUGAUCCCAAGGAGAUGACUGCUAUGCUGGCGUCAGUCCGUGUUCGAGGCGGACGACAGCCCGGAAUACGGAGGAUAUCCACAGGUUGCAUGGGUGCCAGCUCACCUCCACCCCCUGCUGCCCCACUGCGUAACAUGAGAGUUAACAGACAGUCAAUGACUUAUCGAGGUGCAAUGCUCAACAUCCACCGCUAUCGACUGAGAGCUUCGUCCUGCCCUGACAUAUAUCGAAACUCCAUUAUCACUCUAGCAAAAUCACAGGAUGAGAGAGCCUGGACAUACCUGGAUGACAUGGGAGAAAUGAUGACAUCGUGUAUUGACAUGAGUUACUGCUUGGAUGCUGCCUAUCUAAUAUUUGCAAUGUCAAACUUUGUUUUGUAUGUUUUUUAUGACACAGUCUACAUGUAUUUGACUGACUAUGCCCAAGGUGUUGGCGUAUCAGCAGAUGAUAGUGCAAAUCUCAUAUCUGUAAUUGGAAUACUGAACUGCUUGGGUAUGGUGUUGAUGGGAUAUGUUGGUGAUCAGGCAUGGUCAUCACCAAUGCUAAUAUACAACAUCUCUAUGGUAAUCUGUGGACUUAGUGUCCUCUCCAUGCCAUUCAUAACUAAUUACUGGCUAUUAGCAGUGGCUUCAGCUGUAUUUGGAUUAUUCAUAUCGGCUAAUUAUGCCCUAACAUCAGUCAUCCUGGUUGAACUGGUUAGCUUAGAAGCCUUUAGCAAGACCUAUGGGCUGUUACUUCUUAUCCAGGGUGUAGCAAACCUUAUUGGACCUCCACUAGUAGGAUAUAUUGCUGAUGCAACUGGCAACUACACAGUACCAUUUGUGAUCUCAGGGUUCUUCAUUAUUGGGUGUGGACUGAUACUCAAUGCCAUACCCUUGAUACAACGUUAUCACAAUCAGUACCCAUCGUCUACCUCCUCUCCAGAUGACAGUCCAAAGAACGGAUCCCCAACAUCGACACCGAUCCACACUUUCAAGAAGUCUGGACCAUCUCAAGUAUAAUAAUCUCGGAAAUUUGUAAAGCUGUAUCAAAUAUUUCUACUGGUAAUCAUCAUUGAAUGAUGUAAUCUUAUGCAGAAAAUAGCUUUUCCAAAAAAUUUAAUUAUACAGUAUCUCUGUAUAGAGUUUUUGAUUUUCAAUAGUUACUCAAAGAUCAUCAUGAACCCCUCAAGUUCAAAAAGUUGUUAAUACUAUAUUGGUGGAGUUUCUAUACACUACAGACAAGGUCUUUUUAAAAGAGAUCUCAACAGGAGUUUGCAACGACUGACCAUUUCAAGACUAUGCAUCUUCAUUGUUUUAUAUGAUACUUAAAGAUACCAUAUUAUUUGGUUGUAUGCUCAAACUCACUAACAAACAUUUAGGAAAACUUUUGGGGUACAUUAUUGUAUUUAGUAGUAAUAGAAGAUGGUUCACAUGCUCAUGCCUAUUCUGAAAAUAAGAAUUAUGACAAAUAGCUACCAGUAGAAGCAUGUCUUUAGCUGAUAUUUAGAAUAGUAAUUUACCUCUUGAAUUCAAUGGAUGAUUAUCUGUUAUCAAUCCAUUAUAUACACAUCAUAGAUGUUUCUUUAGGAUUCAUCUUUUUGUAAAGAUCACUUAAAAAGAAAAUUAACGUUAGCAGUUAAUUUUCAUCCAAUAUUCCGGUGAUAAAUAGCCCAUCUACACACUGAUUAUUAUAGUACCGCUUGCCUACUAUGAAAAAAAUUGAGUGCUCAAUAAGUAUGAUAAAUAUCCAUUUGCUUUAGUAAAUUUUGAAGAAUUCUAGUUGGUCAUGACUAACAAAUCUGUACUCCUAAUGCAUUCCUUUUGAUCUCAUCUCUGUAAAUGAUACUGACAUUGGAUCACUGACUAACCAGCUGGCUGUCAAGUAUUACCAAACUCUCCCAUCUGUUUCCUAAACAUUUUAUACCUUUGUUUUCUUCCUGAAAACUAAAAAAUGUCACAUUAAUUAUCAUGUGUUCUGCAGCUGUCUGAAAGAAACCAAAGAUGACUUGUAUUUUGGGGGAAUUGUUUCUAAGAAUGCAAAUACUGUACUGUUUUCUCAUUUCAUAUUCACUUGAAAAGUUAUAAUACUGUAAAUUCAGAUUACUCUACUUUGUUAGAAAAAAUCAAAUACAACAGAGUACAAAUGAGUAAAAAAAUAAAUAUUAGAAAUUUUAAUGUUCAGAAUAUAUAUACUUCUAGGUUCCCACAGCAUUCCAUGGUAACAUAUUUCUGAACAUUAUCUCAAGCAUACUGUAUAUGCAAAAUAUAAAUAAAAAUAAUUUAAGACAUUGUCUACAAAAAUUUGCCUUGAAAGAAUGCGCACCUGCUAAUAACCUAUUCAUCAGUCAGAUGAUUUUUUUUAUAUAAGGAUAGUCAUCUGGUUAAACCUUAAAAAAAUAAUUAAUAUUUCUGCCAAAUAGAGUAACGUUGUAUUUACUGCUGUAGUUGGGUAACAAAUAGUAGAUUUAUAUUGUAAAAUUUACACUUUUUAUUUAAGAUGCUAUUUACCAUAAUAAACUAAUGAAACAAUAAUAACUAAAUUAGGUAAGGCUAGACUGUACAAAGUUAGGUUCCAUUGUAUAAUGAUUAUCUACAUUAUAUCUAUAUACAGAUUACUGUAAUUUAAAUGUAAAAAUUACUAUUUCACAAUUAUCCACCCUCCACACACCACACACACCACA